AACAAAAAAAGUCGUUUCUGUGAAGUUCUGUGGUGUGGGGUGAUAGAAAUUGUUCAAAACGUCUUUUUAUUUUGUUUUCUUAUUGUUUGUGAUCCUUGUACUAGUAAAAUUAAGUUUGUUUAUUUACACCUCGUUUAAUAUUUCAUUUCUAAUUUUACAUAUACAUACUAGUAAAUUAAUUAUUAAUUCUGAUUUUAAAAACUAAGCUCUAUUUAAAAAACUGAUGAUGGCUGAUGAGGAUGUCAUUCGCAGACGCCUUCUUAUUGAUGGAGAUGGAACAGGUGAUGACAGAAGGCUGAAUGUGUUACUAAAAACAUUAAUAAAAUGGUGUUCAGAUGAAAAACCGGAAGAGAGUAAAUCAACUCAUGAUCGAAUGUUGGCACAACUUGCACAGUGUGAAUUUGCUGUUACAAAGUCCCAACUGGCAUCAGAUAUGAUGGCGGCAGAAUUGAACAGUUACGAAUCAUUAUCAAAAAUACUCGAAACUGGUAUAGAAGUGGCUAAAAAAAAUAUAGAGAAGAGCAAAGCUGACUUGGCACAGGCAAAAACUGUGCGUAAGAAUAGAAUAGAAUAUGAUGUGUUGGCUAAAGUUAUAAGUGAACAACCAGAUAGAAAAGAAACAUUGGAAAGGCUGGGUACAUUGAAAACAGAGUUGAGUGGUCUUGAGGCUACAAAGCAGCAGGUAGAGAGCAGACUGUCUUUAAGAAAAAAACAGUUUCAUGUAUUGGUAACUUCGAUACACCAACUACAAGCAUUGCUUGAUGAACCUGAUGAUGUAGAUUCAGUUUCGGACGAUGUUGAAAUGAAAGACGUAAAUUAGAUGUAAUUUUACUGUAAUAUAAUAUAAUGUAUGAUAA